AGUGGAGCUCUUUGCUCGGGAGUCUUGCAUUUUGAGCCAGAAAGAAUGGGGGAAGAUUAUGAUGAUGUACAAAUUGAAGAAGAAAUAGAACUUGAGUUGAGGAAAAUUAGCUUUUCUUCAUCUGAAGCAGAUGAUUGUGACACUGAUUUAUCAGCAGAUUCUUCAAGUGAUAGUGAAACAAUUCCAGAAGAAUUACCAGAAUCAGUACUCCAGUAUUUAAAUUUUGUGAGAAGCAGAAGUCAAAAUGCAGAAAGGCUUAUGUUGCAAGAUUUGGAAAAUGUUGAAAUCUCAAGUGAUAUUUAUCGUAUUGUUCCUAACAAUGCUUCUGAAUGUUUAGCUGAAUUAGCUUCUCAAUAUAAUGAAGAUCCAGAAGAACUCAAAAGAAGGGUAUUAUCUGAAAUAGAAGAUGAGGAGCAGCAGAUGAGUGAGGCUCCAGACAAUACUAUUGAGUUAAAAAACAAUCAGGAUAUUUCUUCUAACAAGAUAGCUAAUGGCUAUUCUUUGACAGAUUCUGAUGACAUACCCAUCAGCUUUAGUUUCCAAGAAGUUGAAGAAAAAUGCAAACAGGAAUAUCAGUGUUGGCUGGAAAAGCAAAAAGUACUAGAGCUUGAAAAAAUGAAUCAAUUGAAAGCUAAGAAGGACAUGGAAAUCUCUCAAAAUGAAGAAGAGAAGAGAAGGAGACAACUACGUCAAGAAGAGCUUGAAGCUGAACGAUUGAAGUUAGAAAUGUUUCAUGCGCAACAACAGGCUAUAAUGGAAGAAGAACUGCUAAAGGAAGAACAGACUUGGAAAGAACAACUGAAAGAACAUCAGGAAUUAAUUAACAAAUUACACAUACAAAUAGAAGAAGAAAAAAGGGCUUUUGAAGAACAGAAAGCAAGAGAAAGGCAACAUUUGGUGGAACAGCAGAAUAAUGCAGCUAUAAAAAUUCAGACAACAUUUAGAGCUUUCAUGGUGUACAAAAGAUUUGGUCCUGUCUUGAAAAACAAGAGAGCAGAACGAGAAAAGGAAAGGGAAAUGAAAGAAAUAAUGGAAAAGGAAAUGAAAGAAAAGGAGGAAAGAUGGAAGAGGAGGGAUUUAGAAAAAAUGGAACAAAAGGAGGAAGAAAGAAAGAGGAGAGAAGAAAAAGAGAAGGAAGAAAAUGAAGCAAAGAUUAAAAGGCUUGAAGAAUAUGUAAAAAAGAAAGAAAUUGUGCGACUUCAACGAGAAUUAAUGAUUGGAGAAUUGAACAAUGAAAAAAAUGAACUAAAAUUUGUGAUAGCAAAGAAUACUGAGUCUCAAAAUAUAACUGAAGAUAUUGAACAAAGUAAGAAGGAACAAGAAAUAGAAAAAGAAAAAGAAGUUAAUACAACUGAAAAAAUCGAGAGAGGAGAUGAACUUGAAAAUGCAGUUAACAAAAUAGAAUCAAGAAAGGAAGGAAAAACCCUUGAAAAUGCGAAAGAAAAAAAGGAAGGAGGAGCUGCAAAAUUACUAAGUGGAAUGGUACCCUCAAAUAUAGAUAUAGCUUUAGAAAUAACAAAUAAAGAAAAAGAAACGAAAAAGUUAAAAGAACAAGAAGAUAGUAGUGACAAAAGAAAGCUAAUUAUGGAAAAGAAACAUUCAAAACAAACACCAGACAAAAAGUACAAGGAACAAAAUGAACAUGAAACACAUGAAUUGAUGAAUGACGAAUUAUGCUAUGAUAUUGGAAGAAGUAAAGAUGAAGAGUUAAAAUCAGGAAAGGAAGAACAUCAUAAUGAAAUAAAUAAUGAAGAAUCAUUGGAGAAUAAUGUAAAAAAAGGUUUAGAAACUGCAGAAUUUCAGAAAAAUAGCAACACAAAUGCUCUUAGUGUUGAAACUAAUAUAACAGUUAAUCAGGAAAGUAUCAUACAUUACAUUCAUGUUCAGUUAGAUUCUGGGGACACUGGAAAAAUAGCUAGCUCUUAUGCCUCAGAAAAUAGUAAAAUAGAGCUUGCGCCAAAAAAAAUUCAUGAGGAGGUUAAUAAUCAAUGGGCCAAAGAUGAGCACUUGGACAAUUUCUUUGAACAACCACUUGUAUCUGAUUCUGUUGAAGCUAAAAGAUUGGCCUGGAUGAAAUCAUAUAAAUCCUGGUCUAGAGUUUAUCAGGAACACCAGAAGAAGAAAACGGUUGAAAGAAACAAACCACGGAAAUACUUAUCCGACCAGAUGCCUCCGUUGAAUGCUGAUACGAUAAUCCAGGCAGGCCCUUGGAAUUCUCUACAACAGGUGACCACAGUUAUCUUUCAAGAUUUGCCUGGUUGCAGUCUGUCCACAUUAUCACAAUGUGAAAGGCUUCAGUUCUUGAGUCUUAGACGCUGUGGAUUACUUGCCUUGGAAGGACUCAGCAGCUGCAAGGAUUUGAAGUAUAUAGAUGUAGAGGAGAACAACAUUCAGGUGAUUAAUUGUGAGAAUCUAGAAAAUCUCUGCAUUCUAAUUCUGAAUAAAAAUAAUAUUUCAUCACUCCAUGGUUUAUAUGGCUGCAAUAAUCUCUUGAAUCUUGAACUUUCCCAUAAUAAAAUAACCCGAAUUGGAGGGUUGGAGACAUUGAAAAAACUCCAGCGACUGGUUGUGGAUCACAAUCAAUUGAUCAGUUCAAAAGGGCUCUCUGCUACUCCAACUCUACUAUAUAUAGAUUGCUCUUUUAACCAUCUUACUCAUAUUGAAGGCAUUGAAAACUGUGGUCUUCUUCAGAUUCUGAAAUUACAGGGAAAUAACCUCAAUGAGUUCCCCAACUUGGACAAUCAUGUUUUGCUAAGAGAAUUAUAUUUGGAAGACAAUAACAUCUCCACAUUGGGAAAACUUCUUGUGUACUGGCUGCCUUUGCUACAGAUACUGUUUAUCUCACAAAACAGUUUGACAGAACUUGUGCCUCUUUCUUCAUAUGUGUCAUUGGAAAAACUAAACAUGAGCAACAACUGCUUGCUAGAUCUGAAGAGUGUCAUUCAAUGUCUUGAAAGCUGUGAUAGCCUAAGAGAACUAUCCCUACUUGGAAAUCCUCUUCUUCAAGAAGAGAGCUGGAGAUGCUCCUUACUCAAAAAUUUGCCCACUUUGAAAAUACUUAAUGAUGAGAAUGUAAGUUGUAAUACAGAAAAUUUUUUUGAAAGAAGUAAAAAAACCUUGAAGUCAGGAAGUUUUGCAGCAUUUUGUCAAGCUCAGAUUCAAGAAAUUGUCUCAGUCAACAAAAAAGCUACAACUAGAUUAAC